AUGGAGAGGAUACCGAUACCCAUUGCGAUGCUGCCGCAGAAGUCGAGCAGCUUCUCUCAGGCCACCGUCCGCGAGGAGAAGCUCGGCCGCAACCUCUCCCUGGGCGCCAUCAAGCUCACCGAGCACAUCGAGCGCGUCAAGAAGGAUGCCGAGGAUGCCGCCGCCGCCGACAAAAACAAGGAAAAGGACAAGGACGCGGCGGCGGGCAGUGGAGAGGGUGACGGCGCGGACGGGGCCGGAGACGGCGAGACGCCCGCGCCGCCGCCGCACGAGGAGCCGAGCCUCGCCGAGCUGUCGGCGGAGGUCGACGCCUUCCUCGCCAGCCGAGACGGGGACGCGCCGCUGAGCAUCUCCGAGGUGACGCUCGACAGGUUCGCCUCCGCCGUAGAGGUGGAGAUCGCGCAGUCGGAGGGCGACGAAGACAAGUGGGCGCCAGGGGAGGACGGCGAGCAGCCGCUGCUCCUCGCCGCAAUCAGGCGCAUCGCCACGCUCGCGUCCGCGCUCACCGCGUCCGGCGGAAACAAUGGCGCGGAGGGUGCCGUCAGGUACACCAUCGGCGUGCACCGCGUCACCGGCGUGCUCCACCGCGCCAUGACGUUCGUGGAGGACGAGUUCCACGCGCUUCUCGAGGACCCCCUCGUCGCCAAGAUAUCCCACGCCGCCGACCCCGGCAGCGCCAGCGCCAAGGCAAUGAGGCGGCCGCCAUCGUUCGGGCAAGCCGCCGGCGCCGAGCAAGACCGGUGCGUCAUGCCUUCCUCGGAAGGUAGCGGCGGCGGCGGAGGCGGCGGUGGCGGCGCCGAAGCGUCACAGCCGUUCCCUGCGGAGACCGUGGAGAGGCUCCGCGUCAUGGUGGACGCAAUGGUCGCGGUGGGCUACGAGACGGAGUGCACGCAAGUGUUCCUGGUGGCGCGGCGGAACGCGCUGGAUACGACGCUGCUGAGCCUCGGGUACGAGAAGGCGAGCAUCGACGACGUGGUGAAGAUGGCGUGGGAGGGGCUCGAGACGGAGAUCGGGACGUGGAUCAAGGCGUUCCGUCACAUUGUCAACCCUGUCCCGGGCGGCGCGGUGCACCCGCUGACGCGGUACCUGAUGAACUACCUCAAGUACGUGUGCGAGUACAAGAACACGCUGGAGCAGGUGUUCCGGGAGCACCACCGGCCGGACUCGGACGAUGCCCCGGGGCACGACAGCGAGAGCAGCAACCCGUUCGCGGCGCAGCUGAUGGAGGUGAUGGAGCUCCUCCACGAUAACCUGGAGGCCAAGUCGCGGCUGUACAAGGACCUGGCCCUGAGCAGCAUCUUCCUGAUGAACAACGGGCGGUACAUGCUGCAGAAGAUCCGGGGGUCGCCGGAGAUCAACGCGGUGGUGGGCGAGGCGUGGGCGCGGAAGCGGUCGACGGACCUCCGGCAGUACCACAAGAACUACCAGCGCGAGACGUGGGGGCGCGUGCUGAACGUGCUCCGCGACGACGGCGGGAUCACCGUGAAGGGGCACGUGCAGAAGACGGUGCUCAAGGAGCGGUUCAAGCAGUUCAACGCCGCCAUGGACGAGAUCCAGCGGACGCAGGGCGCGUGGGUGGUGAGCGACGAGCAGCUGCAGUCGGAGCUGAGGGUGUCCAUCGCCGCCGUCAUCGUGCCGGCGUACCGGUCGUUCCUCGGCCGCUUCGCGCAGCACUUCACCGCCGGGAGGCAGACGGAGAAGUACAUCAAGCUGAGCGGAGAGGACCUGGAGGGCAUCAUCGAGGAGCUCUUCGAGGGCAACGCCGUGUCCAUGACCAGGAGAAGAAAUUAA